AGGCAAGGGUCACAUGGUACCUUAGGUCAUGUUCGGGUAGCAACACAAGCAAAUCCUACGGUAAAGAGAAAGUAACAAAUUGAAAAGAAAGGUUGAUAGUAAGCACAUUAUUUACGGGUUGAAAUUUACGAAGGUUUGAUAUGGAAUAUUCUUCGUGUAAAUGCCUUCAAUUUGAGAUUCUUUUUAUACCCAACGGAUAUAUUUUGUGAAGCUGAGAAGGAAUUUUUCGAUCGUUUUUUAUCUGUGUGAGCUAUCACAGUCGGUCCUCAACGUAGCCUCUGGGGCCAGUCACCUCCAUCAUAUCCAGAGAUACCAAGCUAGGAUUGUUUUAUUGCAUCUAGCCUAGAUGCUGAUAAUAAUAUUGAAUUGUGUUCAUUAAUCACUUACGAAGGAAAGCUCUACACGAACUCUAUACAAAAUGAGCCAGAUUCCAACAACAACGUUACCAGCCUCUGACAAGAUAGAUCCGUUCACAAAAAAGUCCAUGAGAAAAGGAAAACAGAAGAAAUCACAAGGGUCUUCAAAAUACAGGACUAAAAACAAUGUGGAACUUACACCUCUUCCACUACUCAAAGAUACACCGCCAGCGGAACAACCGGAACUGUUUGUAAAGAAACUACAGCAGUGUUGUGUGUUCUUUGAUUUCAUGGAUGCUGUUGUGGAACUGAGAGGCAAAGAAAUCAAAAGAGCUACUCUCAAUGAACUGGUUGACUAUAUUACAACUGGAAGAGGUGUCAUUACAGAAGCUAUUUAUCCAGAUAUGUUUCAAAUGAUACAAUGCAAUAUCUUUAGGACACUUCCACCGAGUGAAAAUCCAGAGUUUGACCCAGAAGAAGAUGAUCCUACCUUAGAAGCUGCUUGGCCUCAUUUGCAAAUUGUUUAUGAAUUUUUCCUUCGAUUUCUGGAAUCACCUGACUUUCAGCCUAGUGCAGCUAAAAGAUAUAUAGAUCAGAAGUUUGUUUUGCAGCUUUUGGAAUUAUUUGACAGUGAGGAUCCACGAGAAAGAGAUUUCUUAAAGACAGUUCUACACCGAAUUUAUGGAAAGUUUUUGGGUUUACGAGCAUUCAUCAGGAAACAAAUUAAUCAUAUCUUCCUUAAGUUUGUUUAUGAAACAGAGCAUUUCAACGGAGUAGGUGAAUUACUAGAAAUUCUUGGUAGUAUUAUAAAUGGGUUUGCCCUACCUCUAAAGGCAGAGCACAAACAGUUUCUUAUCAAGGUGCUUAUUCCUUUACACAAGGUCCGAUGCCUUAAUUUAUAUCACGCCCAGUUAGCAUAUUGUGUUGUACAGUUUUUGGAGAAGGAUGCUACGCUAACAGAACAGGUCAUAAAAGGUCUACUUAAAUUCUGGCCUAAAACAUGCAGCCAAAAAGAGGUCAUGUACCUCGGGGAAAUUGAAGAGAUUUUGGACGUUAUUGAGCCAACGCAAUUUGUCAAGAUUCAAGAACCCCUUUUCAAGCAGCUUGCCAGAUGUGUAUCCAGUCCACACUUUCAGGUUGCCGAGCGAGCAUUAUACUUUUGGAACAAUGAAUAUGUACUGAGUUUGAUUGAGGAGAAUUCGAAUGUUGUAAUGCCCAUCAUGUUUCCAAGUCUCUAUAGGAUAUCAAAAGAGCACUGGAAUCAGACAAUAGUGGCCUUGGUUUACAAUGUGUUGAAGACAUUUAUGGAAAUGCAUAGCAAACUAUUUGAUGAACUAACAGCAAAUUACAAGACUGACCGACAAAAGGAAAAGAAGAGGGAAAAGGAUAGAGAUGAACUUUGGAAAAAACUGAGCAAGUUAGAGAUGAAUAACAAAGCUAAUGCCAAAUAGUGGUGAACUGCCUGGCAGUGGAUAGAAGAGCAUGCGAGUGGGUUCGCCCCUUCCCAUGGACAGGAGGAAACAUGUGUAUAUAGCCACGUCUAUGAUUACCCGUUGAUUGUGUUCCUGAUGGGAGUGUAUGUGUAAAACAGGACAGAUUUUAACAAAUGGGGAAAAUGUGCAACAAUGCUCUUCUAGAAUGCCAUCGAAGUGUCAACCUUGCAUUGUUCCAAAGACUUCCUUCAUGAAUGCUUUUUAUUGUGAGCUGGCCACGCGCUGGAACAUGCCGUACAUGUAAAUUGAGUGCUGUGUGAUUUACAGGCAAAAUUGACUGGUGAUACAUGUACUGUAGUAGCUUUUCACACAAGGGACAAAGCAAUCUUCAGUGAUUGCAUACAUUUUCAUCUGAUCUGCUAAUAACAUGUUUCAUUGCAUAAAUCUGUAUUCUAGAGUAUGAUUUUUCUGAAAGUACAUAAUACUUAAUAGCUAUACUGGUACUUGUUCCAUAUCCUCAUCUAUGCUCUGUAAACCUGUUAUUUGUUUUUAAGUUGAUUAAACUAGAAUGGCGAUAAAAUGGAAAAUACUGUAGUGGGUUGUUGGCUAUAAAAGUAAGGCAUAAUUAAAAUCAAAUAAAUUUGCUGUUCUGUUGCAGAUAAAAUAUAGAACAGGCUUUUAUAAGGGAUUACCUCAUACCUGUGUACAUGAGUAUAUUGUUUACUGUAAGUGAUAAGUAAUAUGUACAUGAACGCUACGUUUAUAUGGGGGUAGAUACAAGACAUUUUUGUAUGGAUUACACAACAGGUAUAUAGCUUCAUGAUAAAUUCAUUGCCUUAUCGAAUAGAUACAUACCGUUCCCUGGCUUGAGUUUGCUGUUAGCUGAUGAAUGUGUGCUGUUGACCUGUGAUGAAUACUACUAAUUAAUGUCAGGAGGUUAACAGGACACAUAUACAUGGAAGCUUCUGAUUGGAGUGCUUUGGAUUAUGUGACUCUAGUUACACAGAUUGCAGCACUCACAUUAGAUCUUAUAUUCUAUCUUACAAAUGAAAUUGUUCAUAUACUCAUGAACCUAUGUGAUCCCUAUUGAAUUCAUUGGCUUGGGUAAGCAUUAACAUAAAUUAAUGAUGUCAUCUCAUUUGCAUAAGUGAUUUCAUCUAAUUUGUUUAUUUGAUGUCACCUCAUUUGCAUAAGUGAUGUCAUCUCAUUAGCAUAAAUGAUACCAUCUCUGAAUGAAUUUGUAAUAUUCUCCCCCCUCCCUUCCCUCUUCUUUCCUUGUGAUGUUUAGAUUGAAUUGUUGUGGUUAAAAAUGAUUAAUACUAAACAGUUAAAUGCAGAAAAACAUUGAUGCUAGAUCCUAGUGCCAUGAUGUGAAAUUUAUCCAUGCCUGGCACUAAACUCGUUUCUCCUUAUUUUUCUCAUUUUGGUUGUUAUAUGUUAAUUUAUUGUAAAUAUAUUUUUAUUUAUUUGUAGGUCUAAUGAAUUUAUUUGUGUAUCAUAGAUUGUGCAAAAUAUGUCAACUUAGUAGACUAAGAUUUAAUAUUUUAGCUAAAGAUAAUGUUUAUGGAGUACAGAGUGAGUGUUUAUUUCUUUUAAACAGAUCUGUAUUUAACUUGUUUAUGCUCUAUAAAUGUAUAAUGAAAUUGAAAUUAGUACAGUAUGUAAAUCAUUAAGAAUACAUAAUCCAACA